CUUACCAAUUCGUGCUCCACUCCGUUCAAUGCGUGGUGGCAUCUGAUCUCAAGUUAAAUCGGAUGCCCCCAGGCUUCUUUUUGCGCUUCAAUUUUCCAGCAUUGAAAUUUCUCGACAUAAAUUCUGUUCGUGUUGUGAAUUUACCAGUUUUAUUUCUAACGCCAUGCCUUAUGAUCUUCACUUGUGAACUUAUCAACAGAGCAUCAGCUAGUAUUUCUUUGGUAUCAUAUUUUGUGGACUGUCGACGUAGGAGCCUAACCUAGCAUUUUGGCAUUCAAGCAACAACACCUCGUUAACAUUAAUUGGAAGGAUAAACUGAGUUUUUUAAUUGUGUGCAUAACACAUGGACUGACACCCAAUCGAUUUGCUUCGAUUGUUAUUCAAUUUAACAUUACUAUGUUCCUUUCAAUGCUUUGACGUACAAGCUAAUUCAAACUUGUUUAGAAAAGAAUUCCGAAGUAAAUACCGGAACUAUGAGUGAAUUCCAAGAUUGGAUGCCAGUGCGUCCGAAUCUUCAAGAGUAUGAAAACGAAACGUUACCCACCCAACCUAACAAUUUUAUGAAUUAUUCACUGGUGCGUCAUGAAAUAACUCUGAUAUCAAAAUGAUAUGCUUGACUUAAUCCAGUGGUAUACAACAUUAUCGUAACCUAUUGACUUCUAACGUACCGUUAAUAUAAACGUAUUUUAAUUAGUUCCCAUUAAUAAAUGGCUUAACCAGGGUAGAACAAUUCACGAGCAGUUAUGAUUCUCUAGUAGGAUACCGCCUUUGUUCUUAUAAUCGCGAGGACACAAUUAACCCGCGGCUCAUCUCGCACCCACGCAGGAUCCAUGUGGCGGUCUGCAACUGACAGAUGACAGUAACGACAAAAAAAUGCCCCAGAAAAAUUUCUCGGACGAGAGAAUGUCGCUCGUAAAAUGUUUGGAACUCCAAAGAGGGCUUGGACAGAGUCAUCAAAGGAUGUCUGGUCCAGUCUGCCAAUCAAACUUUAACUAAUGGCUUUUAAAAGGUUUAUCAAUCUACUGCAAUCGACACCAAUACCGUAAAAUCGAUGGAAGCCCGACCUUAAAUGUUCUCUUCAUCGACUUCAUCUACAGUCUUUGAUUGUGGUGUCGCCUUUCACGCGCUGGACCAUCAGUUAGAAACAUUUUGAGCUUGUCAUUACCAAAAGAGAUCACACGAGAAACGCGCCUCGCACUUCGCCGAACAUGUCGUAUGGAAAACACCGAGCUUCGUGGACUUGUGAGGAUGAUACUGUUGAGCCUUUUACUUGCUCAGAUGAAAACUCCCCGACCUCUUCUUCAAUCAGCGGGGAUGGUGACUUGGAGAAUGUCAGCAGCCCCAUCGCUCAACAAGGAAGGCGCAAGCUGAAGAGGCGAAGAAAGCGCAUGCUAACAGGAGUCAGCCGGCAGCGGCGCGCGGCGAAUGAACGCGAGCGUCGAAGAAUUCAAGGUGUAAACCAAGCAUUCAUCGACUUAAAAAACGCACUCCCUUUGGCUCACUCUGUGGAUAUUUCAAAGAUUGACAUCUUAAGAGUAGCGACGAAGUGGAUAGACCACCUGAGUAAGUUACUAGAUCAGGAUCAAAGGAUACACGCCGAACCAAAAUCUGCUGUCGAGCCGCAGCUGUAUGAUUUUCUGGGAGAAGAUUUUUUCAUCAACGAUCACGAGCUUGAAGACGAUUGCUUUCUUCAAGGACAAGAUAUUUGGUCAGACAGUACCGGCCUGGAAGGACUCAGCGACUACUGCAUUCACACCGAGGAACCUUUUCUGAAAACUCUCCUACGCAGUAGUUUCAAUACGGACAGUUUCACUUCACCGCUGUUGGAACUUACGGACCAACUGUAACUAAAUGAAUUCAUGGAGGAGCUAACGUCUACCAUGGAAGUUUUUUCGCGGCGGGAGUUUAUCCUGCAGAUGGUGAAUCUGCAAAAACUCAGUGCAACAUUUAAAAUCGGAAAAAUUUUCAUGCUACACAGUAGGUUGCGAUAUUUGAGUCAUUUUAAGUUUCACGGAGAUAAUCUACCCCGAUUAGAAAGAAACCUAAAUGAAUAGUUAGCUUGUGAAGACAAGUACCAAAAACUGAACGUGAGAAGAAACUGCAAAGUAACCAAGAUGGUUGUGGAUCAGUGGAGACAGUCCAUGUUUAUCUCAGUGACUGAGACCAACAUGGACUGCCAGUCCAGAGAACUACAUUUUUAGCAUGUACACAUGGUGCCUUAACUCUUCAUGCCCAUUAGAAAACACUACCAAGAAUGAAAAUGUUUGUAGAUAUGUAAUCAACAUAUGAUCGAUAAUUAUAGGAGAUAUCAUAAAGUAUAUAAAAUAGUGAAAUCGACUCUUCUAAAGUAGUCGCGAUAAAUUCUGUUUAGUUCGUAUAAAAUCCCUAAAUGUCACAAUUUCGUGUAGGACUGACUACGACAACCAAGAAGAGGUGGUUCCGUUUUAGGAGUAGUACAUCAACAUAUGACAAAUACGAAAUACUUCUUAAAGCUAAAUGAUGAAUAAUGAAUAAUGAAUGACUAAAUGAUAAUAUAUAUGAUCGAUAGUUUAUUACAA